UCAUGCAAAGAUGGCGGCGAAACCGAGGACUCACAGCCGCCAUGGAAGUGUGGUGCGAAUUGGCUUCUAUAACAUUGAAAAAACCAUCGGAAAAGGAAACUUUGCGGUGGUUAAGCUCGCUACACAUUAUAUUACAAAAGUUAAGGUAGCUGUCAAAAUCAUCGAUAAAAGCCAACUAGACGAAGACAAUUUAAAGAAAGUCUUUCGGGAAGUUCAAGUCAUGAAAUUGGUGGAUCAUCCGAAUAUUGUUAAGCUACAUGAGGUUAUGGAAACAGAUCGAAUGCUUUAUCUAGUCACAGAGUUUGCCAGUAAAGGAGAGAUAUUUGAUCAUCUAGUGGCACAUGGCAGAAUGCACGAGAGAGAAGCACGUCAGAAGUUCAAGCAGAUUGUAUCAGCCAUUGAUUACUGCCACAAGAAAAAUGUUGUUCAUAGGGAUCUUAAGGCUGAAAAUCUUCUACUUGACGAGGAUAUGAAUAUCAAGAUUGCUGAUUUUGGGUUCAGCAAUAUUUUCCAGCCUUCGAAGAAACUGAAAACCUGGUGUGGCAGUCCACCCUACGCUGCACCCGAACUGUUUGAAGGGAAGGAGUACCUAGGACCAGAAGUAGACAUCUGGAGUUUGGGGGUUGUGCUAUAUGUUCUGGUAUGCGGUGCCUUACCUUUUGAUGGUAGUACGUUACAGAGUCUUCGAUCACGUGUUCUUGAUGGACGGUUUAGAAUUCCAUUUUUUAUGUCAACAGAAUGUGAACAUCUUAUACGUCACAUGCUGGUGAGGGACCCUGUCAAGAGGUACACAGUGAAACAGAUACGACAGCACAGGUGGAUGACGGAGAAUGGAAAUGUACCAGAUGUAGAAGACCCCACUCAUAUAGAACCACCAUGUGAAGAAAACGAAUUUGAUCAAGAUGUACUACGAGAGAUGGAAGCUAUGGGACUGGACAGAGAAAAGACCAUACAGACCAUCCAAACAAAGAGCUAUGAUCCCAAUGCCGGGAUUUACUCGCUUCUUGUUGAGAAGCGGAAAAAAUCCGGCGCCAGUAGUAGUACGGCUACGUCAACCACGCCCCAAGAAACAUCCGUCACCCCCAAUCCUCACAGGAGUGAGACAACACCACAUGAUGAUGGCACGGAAAUGAUGGACACUGAUGCUGAAGUGGAAAGAGCUACAGCACAUGCGCGUUCGUCUGGCAGACGUGAAUCAAUCGUCCCUGUUGUUCACGUGACACCUGAUUCACCAACCAGGGAGCUCACCACAAAUACCUGGCAGUCAACGUCAGAAGAAAACGAAGAAGAUGAUCUAGUAGCCGAGGAGAUGCCGCCAAAUAUCAAGGCUUAUCUCGCCAACCGGCGGUACACAGUGACAGCGGUCGACCCCAUGCACGAAAUCUCUGAAGAACUUCGUGAACUGUUGAAUCAGAAACUAGAGGGGGGUCCACCAAGUCCAGAGAAUCCUUACCCCAUUCCACCAUUCCCUGGCAUGACUCCUUUCUCCCCCACCACAGACCUGUCACUUGCUUAUAAAGAACAGAUACUUCAAGUACCGUCAGUGUUCCAACUAAGACAGCCAUUCGGCAGGAGAGCUUCAGAUGGUGCUGCUAGUCUAGGAGCAGGGAUUGCUCAGUUUAAUGCUCUUAGAGCUCUGACUCAGUUGGGUGACACAGACCUGAGCAAUCCAGGUUCACAGGUGGAUAACUCCCAGUGUUCCAGUACUCCAGCUCCCUAUACAGUCUCUCCUGGACCCUCUAGCCCACAUAUGAGUGAGGCUAAUGAUAGUGGAUCAGACCAGGAACCUGAUCCUGAAGCAGUGGCUCGGUAUUUGAGCAGAAGAGGAGCACGACAGAGACACACUCUAGGAGUCACCGAGCCCUCGUCGGAAAUACCCGACGAUCUACAGAUGAAGCUCCUCCAGCUGCCCCUCAAGGCUCGUAGAGGAUUUUCUCCCGUUCGUGAACGAAAUCCAAGGGAGAAUAACCUAGUGCCUACUCAUGGAGGAAUAAGAUACACCUCGUCACGCAGGGCAUCGGAUGGUGCUGCUUCCAUCCUUGCUUUCAAACAGCACCUCGAACGCCUCGAACGCAACCAGGGUAGUGGAUCCAAAAGAAACAGUUUGAAAGAACUACAAGAGGAACAUCAAAAACUGCGCGAGCAGUAUGGAUCGCUGGUGGAAGAAGAGACCCAGAGAGUACAACAACAACAGCAACAGUUGCAUAAUCUUCAUCAUCAUUGUCAGAUGAUGGGUCGUAGGGCGUCUGAUGGCAGUGAAGCUUUAGCCUCCACUAUUGCUCAGUUUCAACAGCAACUACAAGAACAGGCGAAGAAAGAUUUAGAGCUUGAGUCUAGUAGGACGGCGCCAUCACAGGAAGAUGAUCUAGAGGACAAGGAGAUUCUUCUGGAACCGCAGCUUCAGCAACAGAUGCAGCGGUUAAACAUCGAGACUUGUGGGAGUAGCGUUGGUAGUACAUCAGGUCAUUACGAGUCUUCCACAUCACAGUCUGGGAUACCAUCAGUGUCACCUCGAACAAGCGUCAUCCUCGAAGGGUCUGAUCCCCGUCAGGUUUAUUCCACUCAAAAUGCUCUCUCAACGAGUCCUACUCCAUCUUCCCUCGUUCUUGACCCCUCGUCUUCCACGUCCUCUGAUCUUUCUCCGCCCUUAUCCCCUCUUCCUGCUGUAUCCUUGUCUCAGCGGUAUCCCGUGCCGGAAGUGCAAAGCAUGGGAACAAGUAGCGGUACUGAUGAACGGAUUCUUCCUGAUUCUGCCCUUAUACCUGGAUUUCCAAUGAAUUUUGCGCAUUUAUCUCCACACCUCGGCACUCACUUAAUCAAUGAAAAUGACCUUGUGGACCUUAGUAGCGUCCCCUGGCCUGCGGACAGCGGUAGACUCUCACCUACUACCGCCUCGUUGAUAUCCACCCUAGGCAAUCCGCUGACCAGUCGUCUUGCCAGUACUACAGGUCAGCGGACGCCUCUACGUCACUAUCGCCACCAUACUGUGCCUUCCUCGCAAGAGGUGUGGAACAACAUGGACCUUUUAAGGCGAGUGGCCGCAAAUAACGCACUAACUUCUCCGAAUCACGCACGAGAUAUGCUUAAUAAUAAUAUUAAUUUAAAAGACCUAGGAGGCAAUGGAACUGGACUUCUUCGCACGAUGUCUCCAAACGGAUCUAUUUAUACUGAGCCUCUUUUUAAGUCAAGCAGUAAGGGAGAUCUCAACAGCGAGCUCUCCCCUACUAGUGUUCGAUUUGCUUUUUCGAUCUAUAUGACGUCAAACAAGGAUGUGCCGGACAUUAUUAGUGAAAUACGACGAAGAUUAGACCAGCAGUCACCCAACGUGGCGUAUGAGCAGGCAGAACAGGUGUUUACUGUUAAACAUGGGGCAGUAUGUAUGGAAAUAGAAGUAUGUCAAAUACCGGAAUAUUCGUUAAACGGACUGCGCCUGCGUAAGGUCAGCGGUAAUCAGUGGCAAUACAAGAAACUAUGCCAGGAAUUGUUCACUGGAAUAGAUUUGUGAUUUAACACCUCUGGAAUAUUUGCCUCGGUAAUUGAAUUGAAGAGCGGCCUUCGUGUCUUACAUAAUAAAGCACUCUACUUGUGCCAGUGAAAAUUCGGAUUAUAUUCGAACACUGGUUUGAACUGAAAUGCACCCAUUUGCUAAUUAUAAAGGAUUAUUACUCAAGACCGUUUUAUCAAUGGAUUGAUAUGGUCACAUGAUCAAGAAUACUUAUUAAUUUGAAUUGACGCAAAUCCGAAGGUACUGCCUCUCUAUUCUGUUUCACCGGCGAUUUGCAUAUAGUCACGUGACACGAGUCAAGAGAAUAUUGUUCCAGUAGUCUUGAGUAGUUUCAAACUACUUGGCUCAUUCUUGGACUAUUAAUUUAUUCUUAAUAUAAUAAUAAUAUAUUCAGAAGAAAGAUUGGAAAGCUACAGAUAAUAAGUUAGGAAGAGAGAGAGAGAGGAGGAAAAAGCGGGCUUCUUGGAGUCACAUGUUUUUCACCUUCAAGAAAGGUAUGUAGCGACAACAAUUUUAAUUUAAAAAUUUAUUUUGUAGUGUAUUUUAAAAAUAGUUUGAGGUUCCAAGUAGAAUUUCUUCUCAGUCUCCUCGCAUUUAUUCUGAAUGCAAGGGCACUGGUGAUGAGCUAGCUUCGGAAGCUUUUCGAGGUCAGUACUUGAUGUUGGGCAUCUUAUGAUUGAAUGAUAUAAAGAAAUCGUUAUAGGUAUCCUUACAUGAAGUACUUACCUGCAUUGACCCAAUAGUGUUACGAAAUGGAUUGUGGGAGGGAGGAGAGGAGGUUAAUUUUAACUCAUCUGACGUCAUUUCCGCUUAAUAUGCACUUACUUUGGUGGCCAUUUUUACUUUGCUAGAUUUUUAUACUAUAGUUGCUUUCAUUCCAAGUCACAGUUUAACCUUCUUCUCCUUGCCUUGCAAUUUACUCCAACAGUUGGGUCAAAUAGGUCAUUCAUAUUAGAUAUUGAAUUAUAUUCACAUGCUCUUGGAUCAAUUGAAAAAUAUUUUCAUGUUCAGGGUGACAGAAUCUAAGCUAGAACUAAAGCUAAAGCCACAAACAUUUGAUAUUUUAGUCACUUGAUCAAUGCUUCAAUGUUUGAACUAGAAUCAUUUACAAUAUUCAAAGAGAAUCAUGAUGGUUAUGAAUGGAUGAUUACCUAAAAGCCUCCUUGAGCUUAGUCUCAAUGUUUCAUACUGAACAUGGAAAUGUUUUUGCAGUUUGGUAGUCACUAUUGAUCAAGGACUGCAAAUACAGGUGCUUCCUCAUAUCACUCUAGAUCCUGCUAUUGCCCUUCACUUAAUGUGUGCUGUGAGGGGUAACCAUUUGAAACCAUUGUCAUUCACUUGCCUUACUCAAUUGAGAUUGCUGGACUGAACAGAAAAUGAAAUAGUAAUGAUAAAAAGGUAAAUUAUACACCGUGAAAAGAUGAGAAAAUGAAAUAGAAUGAUAUCGUGAAUACGGUGCAUUCUGGUCUAGAUACAUGACCCUCCCUCUACCCACGGCACCGCCGCCCACUGGUGAUCGAUGACCAGUCCCUUAUAUGGUUGUUAUACCCCCUUAUUGUCCAGAUUGCAAUUUUUACAUCGAAGCAAGAGAAUUGUCAAGAUUUCAGUCGUAAUAACCGAUGUUGAUAGGAGUGUUUGUAUUUGCAGUCCUUGUAUCUUAAAAUUAAUCUAGCGAAAAUUUAUUAGGUGAAUAUAAAUAGCAUACAGUAUUGCCAAUGAAACGAAUCGGCACUAGAUCUAUCCUAGUGCCGUACUCUAUGUUUUUCAUUCUUAACACGAGUAUCUCGCCACUAUUCGAGAAUGAGUCCAUCUUAUAAGGAUCGUUUACAUGAUACUGAAGUGCUUUUCUCAACACCCAUUCGGUGGUUAUACCGAAACGAGAUUUUGUGUGCGCUUUACGUUGUAGUACUAGCAGGGGCGUUGGUUUGUUUUGGGGGAGGGUAGAGAGGGAGGGAUUUGUCUAGAUUAGUGAGGA